UAUCACGUUUGAUUCGGCACUCUUGUAAUUGUCGCCUUCUCCCUUAAGGCUCGGGAUUGCCUAUUGAAUCUCUCUCUCUCUCUCUCGCUAGGGAAGAAUGGCGAUUUUGCAGUUGUGGGAGAACCUGAAGGAGGCUAUAACAGUCUACACGGGCCUCUCCCCAGCAGCCUUUUUCACCAUCUUGGCCUUGGCCGUCGCCUUUUACCAUGUCGUCUCCGGGUUGUUCGCAUCGCCAGCACCGCCGCCGAGGGCAAGGGCGAUGGAGGAGGAGCUUCCGCCGCCGGUGCAGCUGGGGGAGGUCACUGCGGAGGAGCUUAGGGCCUACGACGGCUCCGACCCAAAGAAGCCGUUGCUCAUGGCCAUCAAGGGUCAGAUCUACGAUGUCAGCCGAUCGAGAAUGUUUUAUGGCCCAGGAGGGCCUUAUGCUCUAUUUGCUGGCAAAGAUGCAAGCCGGGCGCUUGCGAAGAUGUCCUUUGAAGAGCAGGAUCUGACUGGGGACCUCGAAGGCUUAGGUCCUUUUGAACUCGAUGCCUUGCAAGACUGGGAGUACAAGUUCAUGUCAAAAUACGUCAAGGUUGGGACCAUCAAGAAGGAAACGAAUACUGAACCUGAAUCUUCUGCUGCUGAUGUUAACGCUGCAACUGAUACCACUGAGAGGUCUACAGACGCUGAGCCAUCAGAUGAAAUUCCAUCAGUUGAUGCCAAACCUGAAGAAGAUAAUGCCAAACCUAGAGAUGACGAUGCCAAACCUCAAGAAGAUGAUGCGGAACCUAGAGAUGCUCAUGCCAAACCUAAAGAAGAUGCCUCCAUUCGUCAUGAGGUUCAAGAGUAAUUUGAUAUUGAGGGUGGUAGUGGUGAAGAGAUGCUGGUUCUGCUCUUAAAAUGCUCGACUCAGCGAUGUUUAUUGUUUAUGUAGAGAGGCUUCAAGGAACUGUGAGUUACACACUUAAUGUUUUUAGACUGAUGAGCUUUUAAUAGUAUUGGAAAUGUAGCUUCACCCAUCAAAUAUUCAUCUAUUAACCUUCUUCCA